CAUAAACAUUUGUAUUGAGCAAAAUAAGACAUACAUUGACUUUUAAUAUAUUGAUAGAUAUUUAUUGUGUUUGACAUCAAACUAAACACAAAGUUUCUCAACAUAAAAGUGUGCGACAAAUAAAACAUGAAUACUAAUCACUCCGAUGUUGCCCUCAGAUAUCACUUAUUGCCCAAACCAAGUGAUACAAGCAUUUUGUUGAGAUAUAUAUGGCUGGACGGCAAUGGUCACGAUAUACGGACAAAAAGUAUGCGCUCAUAUACUGAGCCCAAAACUGUCGAUGAAGUGCCUAAUUGUGCUUAUUGUGGACAAACUUGCGGACACAUGAAACUGACGGCAAACUCGGACUGUUGGCUAAAACCUGUACUCCUGUGUAACGACCCCUUCAGACAACACAAUCACAAACUCGUGUUUUGUGUUCCCAUUAAAUACCAAAUUGAAGGGAAACCGAAUGGUUGGCCAUUUGGUGACUUCGACGACACCGACAGGACAUACAAUUACGGCGUCGGCGCUAAUGUGGCCAACGGUCGUGAUAUUGACGAAGCCUUUUACAGGGCCUGUCUGUACGCCGGGCUAACACUGAGCGCCUCCCAAGCGGAGGACAUGCCUGGGAUGUGGAGCUUCGAGUUGGGCCCGACUCCGGGCACAGCCAUCGGCGAUCAGCUAUGGAUGGCUCGCUUUAUACUGCAAUAUACGUGCGAAGAGUUUGGUUGUGUCGUAUCGUUGAAACCACUAAAACACAAACAAACCGCUAAUCAAUGGCUUAAGGUCUGGACAGGAGAUCAGACGUCAGUAAAGCCGUUGCAGUUUGCUAUCGAUAGCGAUCCGUAUAUCGCUAUCAAAACCAUUUGUCAAUCACUGAUUAGCUGA